GGGCGGGCGGCGGCGGCGCGGCGCGGCAGCGGCCGGCAGCAUGGUGGGGGGCAGCGACGGGCAGGCUCCGCCGGACGCCACCGAGCCGAAGCACAGGCGGAAGAGCCCCCGGUUGGCGGCGGCGCGGGCGGAGGAGGCCGAGGCGGAGGCCGUAGCUGAGCAGGGCCCUGGAGGGGCGCUGGAGGAAGAUGAGCAUCCCUUUCAGACCCCGGACUCGCUGACUCGACCCUCUAUAAAAGCAUAUCGAACAAUAGGUAGUUCUUCAACUUACUGUCUUCAAGAGAAUCAAAUAAAGGAAAAAGCAAAGACUUGUGACAGUAAGGAACCCGAGAAACAAGCAGGGCAUCAGCCAAACCUUUACACAUCGUUAAGAGAAAGAAAGUCUGACUUCCUUGAGAAAAGUCGUGAGCACCACUCAACUACAUCACAGUGUAGAAGUAAAUUUCGAGAUCAGUCCAGCAUAGGGAAGCAGUCUCAGCAUUUGGCCAAAAGUGAUGGUGAAUCACAGAGUGGAUUUCACAAGGGCUGGACUUUGCUACUGAUUCUGUUAAUUGGUGUCCUAUUGUAUUAUGCCCCGUGGAGUGGAAUGACAAGUCUUCUAGAUGCAACUCUUUCAAGUAGAGAUACUGAAAUUCUGCAAGAGUUUCGGACCCGGAUGAAGAAACUAAAAAAUACUUACCAAAGUCAGGACCCUAAUCUGUGGAAAAGAGCCAAUGUGUUCCUUGAGAAACAUCUUAAUGCUUCCCACCUGCAUUUGGAGCCUGCCAUCUUACUCUUCACAGCUGGCCAAGAAGCUGAGAAAGCGCUGAGGUGCCUAAGUAAUGAGAUUGCUGAUGCAUUUGCCCUCUCCCAGAAUGCUACUACUAUCAAAAUUAAUGGGGCAGACAAAGCCGUGUUGGAUAGUGACGUUGUCAAGCUGGAGGUAGAUAAAGAGCUCAGCUCUGGGUUCAGAGAAGGCAAGAAGGUAGCAGUGGUGCAUCGAUUUGAGUUACUACCUGCAGGCUCCACCUUAAUAUUUUACAAGUACUGUGAUCAUGAAAACGCAGCAUUUAAGGAUGUGGCUCUUCUGCUGACAGUUCUCCUGGAUGAACAGUCGCUGAGAAGGAGCCUCACCUUACAAGAAGUUGAGGAGAAAGUCCGGGAUUUCCUCUGGGCAAAGUUUACCAGUUCAGAUGUUCCUAGUUCUUAUAACAGCAUGGACACAGAUAAGCUGAGUGGACUGUGGAGCCGUAUAUCUCAUCUUGUGUUGCCUGUUUGGCCUGAAAAGGGCCUCCCUGUGGAGGGAUGUACAUAAAAGUUACUGGAGAGGACCUGAGAAAGGAGGAAGACAGAAAACCUAUGUUGUAAUGGCUGAACAGGGAAGGAACUUACUGCAGCUGCUCUGCUCAGGCAGCAUAUAGUCCUUUCUGUGCAGAGGAAUUCCACCAACUGUCAGGGUUGUUUCUGCUAAAGUAACUGGGAUUUCUCUAAGUCAGCUGCAGAAUGUAAGCAAGGAACUUGCUGGUGGUUGGUAAGUUGUGUUCCGUGACUUACUUGGGCUUGGUGUCCUGGAGCUGGAAGGAAGUGCCCACUAGUGCAGAACCACUCAUCUGCUGAAGCUGCUGCACUAUUGGCUUUGCUAUAAGGAUCCUUUUCUGGUGGUGCAUAAAGCUGGUAUCGUAUUUGACAAGGUAAUAGGAUGCAAAACAUCACUUUCAUCUGCUAGCAUUGCUUACUUUCCUUCUAACUUAAGAAAAAACAUGAACUGAAAAUGAUGAUAAUGUAAUGUGAGUCUAAGCACAUGCUUUUUCUCGAUCUGAUCACAACAUAGAUGUCACCUCUCUGUGGUGACUUCUAAAUAUGGCAAAAUUGCUUCAAAGAUUUGUGACUUGUAGGGAACCUCUUCAGUAAGUGUUUCUUCACUAAAUGAGCCUGCCCCAUAGAGUUUUACAAAGUUAGAAAAGCUGAGGUACAAAAGAUUGCUUGACAUUAGUACUGAAGUCAGUUAAUAUUCCCCCUGCACCUCUUUGCAUCACUGCUUCCAGGCAUUCUCUGCUCUUUGUCAAAGUUCUGCAAAUCUUAACAUAUGAGGGGAAAUGAUAAGAUACCAGCUGUGUGUGUACUAAAGACUUGUUCCAUCUCCUUUCCAAGCAGAAGUUUAGGAAGACAUAGGUUGUCAUUUUAAUAAGAUAAUUAUUUUUGCAUCAAGAGUAUUUAUCUGUGGUACUUGAUAUACCACAAAAAUAACCUUUCUUCAUGUGUCUGCAUAUAACCUGCUGCUGCUUGCUGUAUAAGCUUCUAGCAAAGAACAGAUCUGCAAUGCAUGUUUUUAAACCACAUCUUUUUAGCGUGCUUCAUGCUGGGAAUCCCUCACACCAGACUAAAAACAUGUAUUUGAUUCUGUUGUAAGUAUUCUGUAGUGAAAAAAAAGACAAACUAAGAGAACUGCAGCACUUCCAUUUUAUUGAACUAUUGCAUUUCAUUACCCUAUGCUCUUGAAGCUAUUGGUCUAUGUGCAUUUGGGUUUGAGUAUGAAGGAACAUGUGAAGACUGCUCUCAAAUUAAUAGAGCAUUUUCUUGGAACAGCUGAGUGGCUCUUGGACUCAUCCUUUAUUCACAAGCCCCUUGAGCUGUUGUGUUGCAGAAAGUCCUUUUUAACCAAGAACACCUCUCGAGGUGCUGGAAUUUCUGACUGCUUUGUGCAAGCAAAGGUUUGGGCUGUUAAGUGGAAUGCACAAAAAUCACCUUAAGCAUAUGAAAGAACACAGUUUGUGAGACAGAGAGCUGUGGUCACUGAAACCAGAGACGGAUUCUUUCUAAUCCCUGAGAGCCAGCAAUGCGUAGUGCUCUCUUAUUUUCACAGGAAGAAAUAUAAGCAGUAAAAAGACAUGGAAGUGCUGCUGUUCUGGAUGUUUAAGAAUAGCUCAGGAAGGAAAAAAAGGCAUUUAUGUUUUGGACAUUUCACUGGACAAUAUGAUUUUUUUCAAAAGCAACUGUGACUUAUUUCCAAGUGUGUCCUGAGAGCAUAUUUGUUUGUAUAUUGUGUAAACUUUCAGUAAUCAAUACAAAUAAAUAUACCUGUUGGCUUAAUAA